GUGACAAUGAAUUUCUUUCAUCUAACAAUAUUUGGAGUAUUAAUCUCCUUCGCUCAAUCAAUAACGUUAUCAUCUUUGGUUAUGACGUCGCUGACUUUGCUAAGUUUAAACAAACCAGGUUCCUGCUUCUUCGGAAUAUUUCGACGCCGCAGGACUACUAUGUCUCCUAUGAUUCAGGAGCAACCAGAGGCGCCAGAAGGGCCUAUACAAUACUCUGCUCCUAGUUUUGCUCAGCCUGCAGGCUUUUCGAAUCCAUCCGCUGGAGGAAACUUUUUCCCCGGAUUCCCGAAUUCUAAUUUUCCUGGCUCAUUUUAUCCACAAAGUUCAUUACGAUCACCGCAACAGUCGAUGUCCUUCCCGCCCAACAGCCCUCAGUCUUUUUCAAACAUGGAUUCUGGUUCCCAGUCCUUCUCGGGAAUGAAUGGUCAAGGAGAUGAAGGUCAUCCAGCAAUGAACACUGAAGAAGCUGAAAGUUUCUUCACUCUCUUGGCUGAAACUGAUGAAAGCAGAUGUAUUUCUCGCUUGGUUUGUGAAUUGGGAGCAAAUCCAAAUAGCGCUGGAGAGUUUGGACAAACCAUAAGUGAAAUCAUUGGGUCUUUAACCAAUUUCCCACCUGGAAGUAAAGUAUCGGAGUACAAUCAAGUUCUACAAAGAGGCAGAAGUCAGGGUUUGUCGUCUUGUCUAUCGCAAUAUUCUUCUUGCGAUGAAGAAUCCUACCAAAUGGUUAAGAAAGCUCAAGCGGAAGAUUCACAGAGUGGUCGUUAAGACGAGUAAAAUUAAGAUUUCAUAUCUGCAUCGCAUUUUACUUUAACUACUUUUUAAUUUACUAUUUUUAAAGAAUACAAGGCUUUUCCACUAUUACUCAACUUCAGAAUUUGAAAUUCUUGAAAAUACAGAUGUUAAAAUUAUGAAACUUGUCUUUACUAAAUUAAAUUCGUAUAGCCUUAUGUGCAAUAAAGUAUAAAUAUGUAUUUA